GGCAACCCCGGUGCUGAUGGCAAACCCGGUCUCAGCGGCAAGAAUGGAGAAGAUGGGACACCAGGAGAGGAUGGGAGAAAGGGCCGCAGUGGUGCCAAGGGCGAGCAGGGUGACAGAGGUGUGCCAGGUCCCCUUGGCCCUCCCGGCCUCCCCGGUGUCCCAGGGCAGGUCGGUCCCCCAGGCCAGCCAGGACUGCGAGGGGAGCCGGGCAGCCGGGGGGAACCGGGAGAGAGGGGGCCUCCGGGCCGAGAGGGGUCCUUAGGCUUCCCUGGCGAGCGAGGACCCAAAGGUGACAAGGGGGACCCAGGUGCCCCCGGCCCCCAGGGCCCCAUGGGCCGUGCCGUGGGCGAGCGGGGUCCCGAGGGGCCUCCUGGUCAGCCAGGGGAGCCUGGCAAGCCGGGCAUCCCUGGAGUGCCGGGUCGGGCAGGAGAGCUGGGGGAGGCCGGGCGGUCCGGCGAGAAGGGCAGGGAUGGCUUGCCUGGCCCCCCAGGGCCCCCGGGGCCCAAGGCAGACGUGGUGGAGGGCAGCCUGAUGGGCUUGCCAGGCGAGCGUGGCCCCGCUGGACCCAAAGGAGCAAAGGGUGAGGGUGGCCCGCGGGGCGAACGAGGGGAGCCUGGCGAAAAGGGCAGAGACGGCGCCCCGGGUCUCCCGGGUGAGAGAGGGCUGGCUGGCCCUGAGGGGAAGCCGGGCUUGCCAGGCUUCCCCGGCGUGCUGGGACGCCCGGGCAACACUGGCCCACCGGGGACCCAGGGCCCAGCUGGGGCCAAGGGGGAGAGCGGGAAGCCGGGCGUGCCGGGCAGGGACGGUGUGCCAGGGAAAGACGGCGAGGCGGGGAUGCCUGGGAAGAUGGCCAUCGCUGGCCCUCCCGGCACCAAAGGCGAGAAGGGUGAGCCAGCGCUGCUGGAGGGCAUGCUGCUGGGAGAACCUGGCUCCAAGGGUGACCGAGGUUUGCCGGGCCCCAAGGGCGAGAAGGGGGAUCCAGGACGAUUUGGGGAGCCAGGAGAUCCUGGGGAAGACGGAGCCAAGGGGUCCUCUGGAGCCAAAGGAGAGAAGGGUGACAUUGGCUUGCCAGGACCCCCGGGACCCCCAGGCUCAGCAGGCAUCGCUGGGACACCGGGACAGCCUGGCCUGAGAGGGGACAAUGGGCAGCCUGGCCCCCCAGGCCCCCCAGGAGAGAGGGGUUUGAUCGGCUUUCCCGGGAGAGAUGGCACCUCCGGACCACCAGGACCCGUGGGGCCCCCUGGGCCAGCAGGCUUGCCUGGGAACCGGGGGGAGCGUGGCGACAAGGGAGACAGUGGGGCCCCAGGGCCCAAAGGAGACAAGGGUGACACUGUGGUGCUGGAGGGACCUGCUGGAGUACGGGGCAGCAAGGGGGAGCCAGGAGAGCGUGGCCUGAAGGGGACAGAAGGGGACAAGGGGGACAAGGGGGAGCAAGGCAUGCCUGGAGAGAAGGGGGCAAGGGGUGAGCAAGGUGAGAAGGGCUCCACAGGCUUUCCCGGGGCACGUGGCCCUGGCGGGCAGAAGGGAGAGGUUGGAGCAUUAGGAGAGCCCGGUGAGCCGGGCCAGCCCGGCCGUGACGGGAUCCCUGGAGCCCGGGGAGACAAGGGGGACACAGGACCCCUGGGCAUGCGUGGCCCCAAGGGUGACCGGGGCAUGAAAGGUGCUUGUGGCCUCGAUGGGGAAAAGGGUGAGAAGGGAGAGCCGGGGAUCCCGGGGCGCUCGGGGCUGCCAGGGAGGAAAGGCGAGCCGGGAGAGCUGGGUCUGUUGGGACCACCUGGCAUCCCUGGGAAGGAGGGGCUCAUGGGACCCAAGGGUGACCGGGGAUUCGAUGGGCAGCAGGGAGCCAAAGGAGACCAGGGAGAGAAAGGAGACCGGGGCGCUCCAGGCAUUAUUGGUGGCCCUGGUCCCCGGGGCAGCGACGGUGCUCCCGGACCACCCGGACCUCCAGGAAGUGUUGGACCACGAGGUCCUGAGGGCAUGCAGGGCCAGAAGGGGGAGAGAGGACCCCCUGGACAGUCAGUGCCGGGGGCUCGUGGCGUGCCAGGUAUUCCCGGCGAGAGAGGAGAGCAGGUGGGUGAGCGGGGGCUCCGUGGGGAGAAGGGGGAGCCGGGCAUGACGGAGGAAGAGAUCCGCGCCUUCGUCAGGCAGGAGAUGAACCAGCACUGUGGGCCGUUCCACACCCAGCCGUUCCCUGCUGACAGCACUCAUGCAGUCCCUGUGCUCAAGUUGUCACAUGCUGAGGAAGAGGAGGGGCAUGACAGGCAGGUCAUGCUUGACACUGAUGACCUCGAGUACGAUAGCGUGUACGGGGAGGAGGAGGACUACAAUGAGGUCCCAGAGAUGGACAGCUCGGAGCAGCCCACGAUAGACG